AUGGAGGCGCCCGGGGUGCUGAGCGAGCCGCAGCCGGGGACCUCGCAGGAGCAGCCGGGGCCGCGGCCGCGGAGGAGGAUUGAAGAGGAUCAAGACGAAGCAGUCUUUCGUGAAGUGGUCAGUUUCACCCCGGAUCCUCUGCCAGUUAGGUACUAUGACAAGGACACCACCAGCCCCAUCAGCUUUUACUUGUCGUCGCUGGAGGAACUCUUGGCGUGGACGCCCGACGUGGAGGACGGCUUUAACGUGGCCUUGGUGCCCUUCCAGAGUCGGCAGCCCCCCCUGAGCAGCCGGAGGCCCCGGACCUUGCUCUGCCAUGACAUGAUGGGCGGGUACCUGGAUGACAAGUUUAUUCAGGGCUCAGCGGCCCAGAACCCCUACACCUUCUACCACUGGCAACACAUCGACAUCUUUGUGUACUUCAGCCAUCAUAUGGUCACUGUCCCCCCAGUGGGCUGGAUCAACGCUGCCCACAGGCAUGGGGUCUGCGUGCUGGGCACGUUCAUCACCGAGUGGAAGGAGGGUGGACAGCUGUGCGAAGCCUUCCUGGCUGGGGACGAUCGCUCCUACCAGGCGGUGGCAGAUCGGCUGGUCCUCAUGGCUCAGUUUUUGCACUUUGACGGCUGGCUGAUCAACAUCGAAAACUCUCUGAGUCUGGCCGCCGUGGGGAACACGCCCCGCUUCCUUCAGUACCUGACCUCUCAGCUGCAUCAGCAGGUCCCGGGGGGCUUGGUGCUCUGGUAUGACAGCGUGGUGAGCACUGGGCAGCUCAGGUGGCAGGAUGAGCUGAACGAACACAACAGGGUCUUCUUCGACUCCUGUGACGGCAUCUUCACCAACUAUAACUGGCGGGAGGAGCACCUGGAGCGCAUGCAGGGCCAGGCUGGGGAGCGCCGGGCCGACGUCUACGUGGGCGUGGACGUGUUCGCCCGGGGGCACGUCGUGGGGGGCCGGUUCGACACCAACAAGUCGCUGGAGCUGAUCCGGAAGCACGGCUUCUCGGCUGCCCUGUUUGCGCCCGGCUGGGUGUACGAGUGUCUGGAGAAGACGGAUUUCUUCCAGAACCAGGACAGGUUCUGGAGUUUGCUGACUCGUUACCUGCCCACCCAUAGCAUCUGCUCCUUGCCCUUUGUCACCUCUUUCUGCCUGGGCUUGGGGACUCGCAGAGUCUGCUACGGCCAGGAGGAGGCGGUGGGGCCCUGGUACCACCCGAGCGCCCAGGAGCUCCAGCCCCUGUUUGGGGAGCACAGGCUGGAAGAGAAUGGCCGGGGCUCGGUGAAGACGUACAGCUGCCUGGCAGACGCCUGGAACGGGGGCAGCUCCCUGCUCAUCCGGGGGCUGAUGCCGCCCGAGAUCGGGCACGUGGCCGUGAGGUUAUUCUCCCUGCAGGUCCCAGCACCACCCAAAAUUUUCCUGUCCCUGGUGUAUAAGCUCGAAGGGUCGUCGAAUGUCGGGGUAGCUCUGGAGCUCACCACAGGGGAUGCAGGCAGCUGUCACGUCGGGGCCAUCUCAGUGUUGGAUGUAGGAACAAGCUCCAGGCACAGACCCCGACCCCUCCAGGAGCCCCCCACCAAGCUGGCCAGAUGGGCGGCCCACUGUGGCCAGCGGCUCAGUGGGGGCUGGGUCCAGCGCUGCUAUGAGCUGGGCCUGCGAGGCUGCCUCCUGCAGGACCUCUUCGUCAGCUUCUCUCGGCCCCCCGGCAGCCAGGACGCCGAGGACUUCGCCUGUCGCCUUGGAGAGAUCCAGGUGGUGGAUGCCGACAGCCUGCUGAGCCCUCUGCCCCACGUGCAGUCCACCUCGUUGUCCAGGGUCCACUGGCAGCGGGCGGCUCCCGAGGGGGCGGGCGCCCCGGCUGGGCUCCGGCUCAGCUGCACUCUGCACUGGUCCUACCCCCUGGCCCACGUCCGAUGCUUCCGGAUCCACUGCUACCAAGGGACGGGGGGCCGCGCUCCCGGCAGGGGGCCUCUGGGCCCCGAGAAGCCCACGCUCCUGGGUCUGGCUUUCGUUAACCAGUACCGGGUCGUGGGCCUGGCUGUGGCAGAGGCUGGGCCCGGCCAGGACGGCCGUGUGGAGUUCCUGGUGGAGCCUGUCCCCAGGGAGGGCUUCCUGGUGCCCCAGGCCGAGUGGGGCAGGGCAGCCAUGCUGUACUCCGUGCCGGGCACGUGAGCAAACGUCCAGCCUGCUCCACCGCACGGCGGGGGC